AUGGAUCUCGCCAGUCUCACGAGACCUGCGAUUUUGACCCAGUGUCUUCGCUGCUCCAGCUCGCUGGCCGUGCUGGAGAACGAAUGGGCCAAAUUAUCCAAUUCGUAUUCCAUUGCGGCAGCAUGGCAGAGUGUCAACCUCCACCGCAUCUCGGUCUCUUCGGAGCGCAAACAGAUUCCCCAGACGUCUGACAUGGAACUUCUGCGGGGGCGCAUUAUCCAGGAGAUAUCUUGCAAGUUGUGCCAGCAAAAACUAGGCGUUCUCUGUGGUCUGGAUACUGGGCCGAACAUCCUCUGGAAAAUGUCCAAGGUAUCCUUCAGGGAGAUCGUGACCAUGCGGACAGCCGAACCUAUCUUUAAGGAUGACGCGCUCGAGCGUCUCUGCCCAACCCCGAAAGAACCCCCUCGACGAGAACGCAUCUCCAUACCAGAAGGAGCUUUAGUGCCUGCUGGUUCUCAGGACUUUUAUGCGCUGGAUCCAUCGAUGCAACAACAAAUGCAUCACCAAGGACGCAGUAUCGACCAAAUAUCGAGCUCGGUGCACAACCUACAGGAUACCAUGAACGACUUGAAGCACUCGUUUACUUCCCUCCGCAUCGAACUGAAUGGCCCAAAUCGACAUACGGGAGACCAUGGACCGAAUAGUGGACCCGGAUUUGAUAUGAUCGCAACGGUCUUGAAAGAGCUGAAGUCCAAGUCGGAGGAGAUUGAGAAAUUGACACUGGAGAUUGAGGCGCUGAAACUGAAGAACCGGUUCAUGGAAGACCGCAGACCGGCUGAACAUUCCGGAUCACAAAUGAGCGGCCAACUGCCAGAAGUGAAGAGCCCUGGACUGUUGCAAGCUGGACGAAAGCGCGCUUGGCCUGACGCCUUUUCGAAUGGACGAACGCACCAGAUUGCAGAUUCAUUCGAUGAAGAGGAAAUGGCGGAUGAUCUGUCACUUUCAGAACUGCCCAUUCACCCGGCCCGGAUUCCGCUCAAAGACUCUCAUUAUAUCCCGCAAGGUCUAAGAAAUCAUUCGUACGCCUCUGAAUCGCCUUCCCUGCCUCUAGAAGGCCGCCAGCAGAAUGGAAGCACCGCAUCCAGUACCCAGCAUGGAGCUCUCAUCAACCCAGACCAGAGCCCAGCUAAACGACAGCGACUCACCCAACCAAGAGGGGAUGCACCCAACCCAGCGCCGAACCCCGAGAGGAAAAGAGGUCGGCCCAGGAAGUCUGUCAGCCAUUCUAACCUUCAUACACCACACACCAUACCUUCAACCCAGAAGGAAGUUGGCGAAUCAAACAACGCCUCUACCUCAAGUCCGAUUAUUGCUCCCAGACCUCGUGGUCGUCCUCGGCGCAGUGUGCGUCCACACUCUGUGGGUCCUUCAGAGUUAAGAGAUCAAAUCGAAGCCGGCGACACGGACCAGAUUACCCAGGACUCGACGGAGAAUGGGACCAGCCGCGAUUCGCAAAAGAAUGGCGAUAAUUCAAGCAACACAACGAACGGAACCCAGGACUUUGGUGUGAAUAGCACUGAGCAGGUCGAAUUGGAAGAGCAGCGCAAAGCCAAGGUCGCGGCGCGGGACGUCAUGACCAAGAUGGCCAUGCAGCGAGAGGAGGCGAUGGAAACGGAAGAGUCGCGAUGA